UAUAAACAUAUAUUGUUAAUUGUAUGUAAUUAAGUUAUGACCUAAGAAUUAUUUAAUAAACAGUGUGUUGAUCAAUGGAAAACAAUAUAAAAUGAACAUGGCGUCCAAAACUAUCGUGCAUUGUUUGAUAAUAUUUAUAGCGACCAUAAUAUCUGCUAGUCAAGGGAUAGAAAUUCCAGAACAGUUCCAGAAGUCCAACCAUACAAAUAAUUGGGCAGUUUUAGUAGAUACGUCGCGGUUUUGGUUUAAUUACCGGCAUGUAGCCAAUGUACUGUCAAUAUAUCGCAGUGUCAAGAGAUUAGGAAUUCCAGAUAGCCAGAUUAUACUAAUGAUAUCAGAUGACAUGGCAUGCAAUCCUAGAAAUCCUCGGCCUGCUACAAUUUUUAACAACGCUCACGAACAAAUUAAUGUUUACGGUGAUGAUGUAGAAGUAGAUUAUCGAGGAUAUGAGGUUUCAGUUGAAAACUUUGUUCGUUUACUAACAGGAAGGGUUCCACCCAACACACCAAGGUCCAAAAGAUUGCUCACAGAUGAAGGCAGUAAUAUCCUUAUAUACCUCACUGGCCAUGGAGGAGAUGGGUUUUUGAAGUUUCAAGACUCUGAAGAAAUUACUAGUCAGGAGCUGGCUGAUGCGCUGGAACAGAUGUGGCAGAAAAGAAGAUAUAAUGAAAUAUUUUUCAUAAUAGACACAUGUCAGGCAUCGUCAAUGUAUGAGAAGUUUUAUUCACCAAACAUUUUAGCUACUGCUAGUAGUCUUGUGGGAGAAGAUUCACUUUCUCAUCAUGUGGACUCUGCAAUUGGAGUAUAUAUUAUUGAUAGAUACACAUAUUAUGUAUUGGAGUUUUUAGAAAAUGUCCAUCCAAAUAGCAAGAAAACUAUGUCUGAAUUUUUGGCGGUAUGUCCAAAGCACGCAUGUAUAUCUACCGUGGGAGUUCGACGAGAUUUAUUCAAACGUGACCCGAGUAAAGUGCAAAUCACCGAUUUCUUUGGUUCUGUAAGACCUGUCAUAAUAACUACGGAGCCUAUUUAUAUAGUUGAUGUGCCAAAGAGGAAAAAAACGAAGUCUGUGAAUACAACAUUGCGCGAGAAAAGGGCGUAUCUACCUCAAUUCCCAAUGCAUUUAAUAUCAGAAAAUACAUAGAAUAUUUAGGAUAACAUUACCAAAUAAAGUAUUUAACGAUUUAUAA